AUGGGGACGAGGAAACUAAUAGAGAUAGCUGAGAUACUGAAGAUGAGGAUGGUGAUCUUCUGUCCUUGCCAACUUGUGCAAAAGAAAUCUCUGGUUGUGCAUCCAUACAUCAUACCUACUGUCUGUGAGACCAAACAAAAUUAUAUGGCAACAUUAAAGCCAUAUACGGACGUAGUGAAGGACACAAUCAUUGAUGACUUAAAGGCCAGUUUGAAAGGUGUCACUGUCCUCACUUCUGCAGAAGCCACUGAUCUUGCAGUAGAUGAUGACAACUUUUCAUCACCAACAGUUGAUGAUAACAUCCUUCCAUUAGUUGUAGUCGAUGAUGAUCUUGCUGCAGUUGAUGCAUACUUUGCUGAAGAAGUUGAUGAAGAGAUGAAGGAAGAGGAGAUUAAAGAAGAAGAGAAACAACAAGAUGAGGAGAAGAUGACAAAAAAAAAAAAAGAGAAGAUGGAAGAGAACGAUGAAGUAAAAGAAGAGGAGAAUCUAGAAGAAAAGAAAGAAGAAGAAAGUGAAGAGGAGAAUCUGGAAGAGAAGAAAAAUGAAGAAAACGAAGCAAGUGGAGAAGAAGAGAAAGAACAACAAGAGGAAAAGAUAACAGAGAAUGAAGAAGAGGAAAAGUUAGAAGAAAGGAGCUUGGACUGA